AGUCUAGCAACUUACCUCAUUAAAACAAACAACAGCAUCACAACACAAUCAUUUACUCUCUCUCUCUCUCUCGAUCUCGCUAAUCUUCUUCCUCCUCGAAAUCUCCGCAGCAAUGGCACGAGGCUCCUCUCAAUCUCAAUCCACCUCCUCCGCGGGUUCCACCCGACCCGGCCCGGUCGGCAUCGCUCCCCGUGGCACCGCCGCCGCGACCGCCGGCAUGCGCCGCCGUCGCCUCGGCGGAUCCUCCAACUCCUCCUCCGUCUCCGCCUCCUCCGGCGGCAGCAACAUGCUCAGAUUCUACACCGACGACGCUCCCGGCCUCAAGAUCACCCCCACCGUCGUCCUCGUCAUGAGCGUUUGUUUCAUCGGCUUCGUAACCGCUCUUCACGUCUUCGGUAAGCUUUAUCGCUACCGAUCUGGCGCUGGUAACUGAUUUCACUUCUUUUUUCACUAUCGAAUCCACUCGAACGCUUUCGAUUUUAUGAUCUUGUAAAUUUUGCUUUGUGCUACUGUAGACUUGAUGAUGAUGAGGAUUUUAGGUUCUGUGUCUCUCACUAUGAUGAUGUUGAUCCUUUCGGAAUAAUCGAUGAGUACUGUUAGUUCUGCUA